AAAUACAACAAUCAUCUGGAGAUUUCAAAGGCAAAAGUACUCAGGGAGCAAAACCAAAAGGAAAAAAAAAAUCAGAUUCUAAUACUGUGUUGUCUACAAAACUCAAAUCAUCAAAGUAUGUCUAGAGUGAAAUCUGAGCCGAUGAAGGUUGUCUUCAUUAACACACAGUACGUCCAGACAGAUGCUCGGAACUUCAAGACGGUUGUUCAAGAACUCACCGGUAGAAACGCCGUCGUCGCCGACGGUCCUUUUGAAAAUUCUGGCCACGGUUACGGUGGCAAAUAUUCAUCACAGCCGUUUUGCAACGGCGGAAGAGAUGCAGAAGGAGGUAUAGAGACGACGGAGUUCGAUAGCUUUUUCAGGGAGAUGCCUCCCGCCGGCGAAUUGUAUAAUCUAUUGGUCAGCAAUUGAGUAGUUAAUAUUCGUUUUUUUUUUUUGCAAAUUAGUAUAUUUCUCUUCUGGUUGUCAAUGCCCAUUGGGCUAAUGUUAGUAUCUUAAAGCCCUAAAUUACUUUAAUUAAUAGGCCCAUGUUAAACACGAGUAAUCCUUAGUUCGACUUUUGUUUUCUUUGUCGUCGAUCCUUAAGUUCCUUUAUUAUCCUUAGAUUUUGAUUCUUUUCAAAAGAAUUUGAUUUCUGUUUUUCGUUGUUUUAGUCUUGUUUUCAAGUGUUAAUGUAUAUAAAGACAUGUUAUGAUU